AUGGAUUUAAUGGUGGAUCAUGCCGAUUCCAUCGAGCAAUUUCGUCCUAUUACUCUUACCAACUUAGUUUUCAAGAUUAUUCUAAAGAUUCUUGCACUUCGAUUAUCUUCAAUUGCAUCUCGUAUUGUGUCUCCUCAGCAGCAUGCUUUUGUUGUUGGCAGAAAUAUAUCAGACUGUAUCUUGGUGACUUCUGAGUGUUUCAAUCUUUUGGACUCAAAAUGUUAUGGUGGAAAUGUAGCAAUUAAAACAGAUAUCACCAAGGCGUUUGAUACACUCUCAUGGGACUUUCUUUUACAUGUUCUCCAAGCCUUCGGUUUUCAUGAAAGUUUUGUGCAGGUCCGAGUUUUAUUAUUAUCUGCCAGGCUUUCUUUGCUCAUUAAUGGUAGAACCUAUGGUUAUUUUUCUUGUGGGCAAGGUGUGAGGCAAGGUGACCCACUAUCUCCUUUACUGUUCUGUUUGGCGGAGGAGGUUUUAAGCCGUGGUAUUUCAAUGCUUGUAUCUUCUGGGCAGGUGAAACGUAUCCACUCUCCUAGAGGUACUCUAUCUCCUUCCUAUGUAUUGUUUGCAGGUGAUGUUAUUGUUUUCUGUAGGGGGAAUCGUCAGAAUCUAUUGAGGGUAAUGAGUUUUUUUUAUGAAUACGGUAGUGUUUCUGGCCAGAUUAUUAACAAGGACAAGUCCCAAGUUUUUAUUGGGAAACAUAACCGCCGACGUCACUCUAUCUCUGAUUGCUUGGGUAUUCCUUUAGGUACUGCUCCGUUCAUGUACUUGGGUGCCCCAAUCUUUCAUGGAAAGCCUCGUGUUGCCCAUUUUCAAGCUAUUGUUGACAAAGUCAGAUUGAAGCUUUCAAGUUGGGUGGGUUCAUUUUUGUCUAUGGCUGGGCGUCUCCAACUUAUAAAGUCUGUAAUAUAUAGCAUGUUUGUCUACACGUUUCAAGUGUAUGAAUGGCCAGUGUCCUUAUUAAGAAAAGUUGAGAGAUGGUGCCGAAACUUCCUUUGGUCUGGUGAUAUUGAUAAACGUGGAAUUCCUCUGGUCUCUUGGACGUCUUGUUGUGCGCCAAUUGAUGAAGGAGGUUUGGGGCUUAAGAAACUUGAUGUGCUAAAUAGCUCUCUUUUGCUCAAGCGUUGUUGGGAAAUUUUUACCUCAUCUUUUGAAGGUUGUUGCUUUAUUCGAAAUCGUUUUUCAAAGCGUCGUUCUUAUGCUCCAUCUUCUAUAUGGCCUGGAGUGCGCAAGUUUUGGGGGUUGGUGCAGAAUAACACUCGGUGGUUGGUUGGUACAGGUGACAAAAUCUCAUUUUGGAGAGACAAUUUUUUGGGCAGACCUCUCAUUGAAUUUUUUGGUAAUCAUGGUGCUCUGAAUGAUAAUUCUUCUUUGGUCUCAGACUAUAUUGAUAAUGGUUCUUGGGUUUUGCCUCCUCUUUUACAACUCAAUCUAUCGGCAGUGUGCAAUUUGAUCUGUCAAGUUCCUAUUUCCAUAAAUCCUUCAAUGGAGGACAAAUUGAUUUGGCAAGCUUCUUCUACCGGUGAACUUACCGCUAAGCAGGCCUUUCUCUUUCUGCAACAAGCAUCUCCUGUAGUGCCAUGGGGUAAGCCUUUAUGGUCUAAAUUUAUUUUGCCUCGUAUGUCUUUGCAUGCUUGGAAGGUUAUGAGAGGUACAGUAAUUUCAUAUCAUCUUUUGCAACGUAGAGGAGUAGCAUUGGUUUCACGGUGUGAAUUUUGUGGUAAUAGUACUGAAUCUCUAGAUCAUAUCUUUCUCCAUUGUUCUUUUGCUGCAUCAGUUUGGAAUCACUUCAUUUACAUUUUUGAAAUUGGACUUGUUCCAAACACAAUUGCUGAGGUUUUUAGUUUGGGUUUAGCCAUGGAUAGAAGUCCUCAGCUUAAAGAACUUUGGUUAAUAUGUUUCACUUCUAUUCUCUGGUAUAUCUGGCAUGCAAGAAAUCAGAUCAGGUUUGACAGCAGGACAUUUUCAGUUGCUGGGGUUUGUCGCCUAGUUUCAAGGCAUAUCCAAGCUUCUAGUAGAUUAGCAACUGGUCACAUGCAUAACACAAUUCAUGAUUUGUGUAUCUUAAAAAGUUUUGGUGCCUGUUGUCGAUCGAGGCGUAUUCCUAGAAUGGUUGAGGUCAUUUGGCAUCCCCCUUCCAUUGGAUGGAUUAAGAUAAAUUCAGAUGGUGCUUGGAAGCAUGAAGAGGGUAUUGGAGGUUUUGGCGCUGUUUUUCGCUAUUAUAAAGGUCAAUUUGUUGGAGCUUUUGCUUCCCAUAUUGAUAUUCCUAGUUCCAUUGCGGCAAAGGUAAUGGUAGUGAUCACAGCUAUAGAGCUUGCUUGGGUUCGUGAUUGGAAGCAUGUUUGGUUGGAGGUAGAUUUUUCUACUGUACUCGACUAUAUCCGUUCUCCUUCACUUGUGCCUUGGCAACUUCGAGUUAGGUGGUUGAAUUGCCUAUACAGGAUCUCUACAAUGACUUUUAAAUCUUCUCACAUUUUCAGAGAAGGAAAUAGGGUAGCAGAUGCUCUAGCUAAUCAUGGAACAUCUAUGUCUGAGGAGGUAUGGUGGGAUGUGCCUCCUUCAUUUAUCUUGUCCUAUUAUGAGCGGGAUCUUUUGGGUAUGCCAAAUUUUAGGUUUCGGUAA